UUAGCGUUACUUUGUGCUCGAGGACUCCAUCGUUCCUUAACUUUAUCCUAGGACAAGCUUUUGAAAUCUGCUCUCCGCUCAAAACGCUGCAGGCGCGAUGUUGCUAACGAAUUUCCAGAUUGCGGCCGUGUGAGACCCACUCGCCCUCCCCAGGGAGGUAGCUUUCCGGCGCCGAGAACGACGGAAGGCAGCACACGGCACACACUGCAGAGUUACGCUUGCCCAAUCACACGAAUUCCCUGGGCUGCGGUCCAGGAAGGCAUGCGGUCAAUGACUGAUGAUCAAUCAGCUGUUGGAGAGUGCCCAAAUCUGUCCACGUGCCCAGCUUAAUGCCUCAGGCCAGACACGCCAAGAAAUGUAUGACUCAGCAUCCCGAUGGCGGUGGCUGUCACAGAAAAUCUGCGACUCGUGGCUUCAGCAACACCGCGUCCCUCGUGAAGCUGCUCACGCGAUUGAGCUUCGACCCAGGUCGUGAGGAUGCCGACCAAACGGAAAUCUACAGCCGCAAUCGCAACGCCUGUACGUCAAAGUCAUCGGCGGAAGCCAUCGAUCGAGCGAGUGAUUCGAGCCAAUACGAGUCAUCUGACAAUGAGGAGGGAGCAAGCGAAGGAGAUGAGGAGCCCGUGGAGAAAACCAACGUCCUGCCCGAAAACGCCAAGCAAAGAGACAACCACGAUGCCGCAGAUGCCGACACGGUAAUGCAAGAGGGAGGCGACGGCUCGGAUGCCGAGCUCGCAUCUCCGACUUUUGGUGAUCUUGUUCGAAGCAACUCAACAAUUGACGUCCCCGCUUCGCUCGCGGCGCAAGCGGCAACCCAGGCUUCACGGCUGGCAGUACAACAACGCCCGACAGCUCCAAUCACCGCUACUUCGCUCGGCACGGUCCUCAACCAAGCUCUCCGCACCGACGAUGCCGACCUCCUCGAGUCAUGCCUGCAAACUAGCGAUGUCAAGAUAAUAGAAAACACAAUCAACCGCAUGGACUCGUCGCUUGCCGGCACUCUCCUCUCCAAGCUCUCUGCUCGCAUGCACCGGCGGCCGGGCCGGGCCUUUGGGCUUAUGAGGUGGAUGCAGUGGACUCUGGUGGCGCACGGUGGCGCGCUCGUCACACAGCCUGACCUCAUUGCGCGGUUAGGCGAGCUCAACCGCGUCUUGGAGGAGCGGGCACGCGGUCUGCCGAGUCUAUUGGCUCUCAAGGGGAAGCUGGACAUGCUGGAUUCGCAAAUGAGGUUUCGGAAAUCGAUCAAGGCGGCCGGGGCAGGCCGGAGCCGGGAUGGGGAGGGGGAAGAAUCCAGCGAGGAGGAGAAAGACGGGGAUGUACCGGGUGUCGUGUACGUCGAGGGCCAGGAGAAGUUGCCGGGCAAAGCCCUCACCAACGGGACUGUAAAGGGAGCUGCUGUGGAGGACCAGGACGAUUUCCCGGCCGGGACGGGCGUCAUUUCUGAGUCUGAAGAAGAAUCAGAUGAAGAGUUUGAGGAUGAUGAUGUGGAGGAGGAGCUUGCGGAGGACGAGUCACUGGAUGAAGACGAGGUUGAUCAUGACGACGUUGAAGAUGAAGAGGAGGAGAGCGAAGGCGAGGACUCUCGGCCACCGGCAAAAGUCCGGAGAGUGUCAGAGAGGCCCUCGCGAAGGAAGUAA